AUGGAGAAGGCGACUGAAGAGACGGCGAUGGGCAACAGGACCAGCCACAUCGCCGCUGAGAUCCAGGACCACGCUUCUUUUCAGGCGAUAACAAUGCGAUCGAACGAGCAGGGCAUCGGCAACAGCAGCGGUCACAUCGGUGCAAGGAGCCAGGCAGAAGAAAGUCAAGCCGUGGCAGAUGGUGGGCAGGAGGCUGAAGACCGCAGCAAGACGCCGCCAGCGCAGGCUCUCCAGCCCCGUGAGGCCUGCGAGGGGAGUACAGCGGGUGAAGAGGUGGCUGUCGCUCGUCUAGACGCACUCGAGAGCCGAGCGGAGGCCGAUCGUCAAGCGGCGGCGAGGAGUCAGCAGCUGGUGAGGGAAGAGCAGGAUCGUAGGAAAAUGCCGCCGCCGCCACAAGUUCCCAAGAGGAAGAGGGACAGACAUGCCAUUACGGCGGAUGGUGAUGUGCUCGUUGCUUUGACAAGCAGAUUGAAGCGGCGUAAGGAAGCAGAGCAGCAGUACGGUGUGCGCCGAGGGCACCUCAGCAACCUGGCCACAUCGAUCGUCACUGCAUGGAGUGCUCCGUUUGUACUGAGCGUUGACCGCGUGGAAGACGUGUUUGAUAUGCCGCUGAAGCGUGGACUCCAAUGUGCCUGUACUGUCCGCAGACCUCGCGCGGCGAUGCCACUCUUCCUCCUGGACACUGCAAUCAACUCCACCAGAAAGCGCGCCGGCCAGAGCAAAGUGGAGAUCAGCCGGGAAAAAUUUGAUCCCAGCAUUCCACUCAUCCGGCAGCUGGAGAUGCAGCUGGGUCUUCUUCGACGGUUUCGAUUCUCAGCAUACGCUCACAUGGAGAUGGACUGGCCGAAGCAGUCGUAUCUGGUACAAGACUACUUCAAGCAGCUGGCAGAGGAGGAGCGACUGAGCUUUCUGAAGACGUGCGUAAACGCCGGAGACCAUGAUAGGCUUCAAAAGAAGCCAGACGAUCCAUUCAGCAAUGAGCUGUGUACCUGCGGCAGCUGGGAAGCGAAUGUGGCCGCAUACCAGCAGGCUGUAGACCAGAUGGAGCGUUACCAGGUCCAGGCGUCGCUUAAGAGGUCCAGCACAAUGAGACGUGAAGGGACAGAGUCGCCUCCAGUGAUCAUCCAGGAUUGCACCUGCGGCUCCGUUCGUACAGAGCGACGUACUCCUCGCAAGGCGGUGGCAUUGUGGAUGGUGGCCGCUGCCCUUUUCCAUGUUCGAGGUGUGGACGCAUUCGUCUUGGACACAGGAUAUCCGUCGGCCAUCGAUCUCGACCCCGAGUAUGACAACGUCUGCGCCGUAGAGGCUGCGCUCGAAGCUAUUCGCAAGCGUGAUCCAGAUGUCUUCGACAGCUUCACAAAAGCGCAGUGGGAGUUGCAGCCCAGGCGGGUGCAGAACCACUUCCAAAGCUUGGCUCAGUACGAGGAAGGCGUGUACGAAGAAGAUCCGUGGUACCAGCACGAGGCAGUGUCGAAUGCCGAUGUACGGUUCGGGAGCCUGGCUUGCAUCUGUGGUGCGGUAGAGGUGAACCUUGCGGCGAACGGAGUGGAUCUGGGAGAGCUUGUGGAUGUGUCGCCAGCUGUUGAUGGUGCCGCUCUCUCCGCCCUGUAG